UGCUUCAUUUGUCUUUUGUCUAAACACUGUAGCAAGGACACAUUUAAUCUUAAGACAUUGUUUCAUUCAGUAAUUAUUAAGUAUCAGGAACUGAAUAUACAAAGAUAAAAGACAAACUUUUUGAUUUCUCAUUCUAUGGAGACUGUUUGCUAUAAUGGGCACACAUCUUUUUUAAUGGACUUGUGUACCACAGCUAUGGGUCACACACUUGGCAAAAGGCCAUGAACAAGACAUGACUGAAUACAACAGUCACAGGUAGAGUAUUGGAAUUGUUAAUUUAGGUCUCUAAAAGGUCAAUAUGGGAGAUUCCAUGAAAGCUCAAAGGAAAGGUACCUAAUUUAACCUUGUCAUGGGAUGAGGGAGGAGACAGAAGAGACUUUCUAAAGGAGGUAGCUCAUGAGCUAUUUGAAUAAUAAAUAGGAAUUAUCAGGCAAAGCAUCCAGUGGAGGAUGGAAGCUGGAGCAGGACAACCUUGUCAGACACUAGUUUUCUGGUCCUGUGGUCCACUGGGCUGGUACCGCCACUAGGCUUUCCUGACCCUAUGGCUCGAAACAAGUCUUACAGGAGUACAUCCUUUUUUCACAGUUUUAUGCAUUAAUAGGAAAGCAGUCUCUGUGAUGCCGUGGAUACUCUACAACCACACAGUGGAAACCCCUGCCACCUUCCUCCUUGUGGGUAUCCCAGGUUUGCAAUCAUCACAUCUUUGGCUGGCUAUCUCGAGUGCCAUGUAUGCCACAUCCCUGUUGGGAAACACACUCAUAAUGACUGUAAUCUGGAUGGACUCCACUCUACAAGAGCCCAUGUAUUUCUUCCUGUGUGUUCUGGCUGCUGUGGACAUUACAAUGGUGAGCAUCUUCUCCUCAGGAGACAGCUCCAUCAGCUUUAAUGCAUGUUUCACUCAGAUGUAUUUUGUCCACGCAGCCACAGCUGUGGAAACAGGGCUGCUACUGGCCAUGGCUUUUGAUCACUAUGUGUCCAUCUGUAAGCCCCUACACUACAAGAGAAUUCUCACACCUCAAGUGAUGCUGGGAACAAGUGUGACCAUCACCAUCAGAGCUGUCAUAUUCAUGACUCCACUGAGUUGGAUGGUGAGUCACCUACCAUUCUGUGGCUCCAACGUGGUUCUCCAUUCCUACUGUGAGCACACAGCUGUGGCUAAGUUAUCAUGUGCUGACCCCAUGUGUAGUAAUCUCUACAGUCUGAGUGCUACAUCCAUUACUGUAGGCUCUGAUGUGGCCUUCAUUGCUGCCUCCUAUUACCUGAUUCUCCAGGCAGUAUUUCGUCUCUCUUCAAAGAAUGCUCAGUUAAAACCAUUAAGCACAUGUGGCUCCCACAUUGGGGUUAUGGCUCUAUACUACCUACCUGGGAUGGCAUCCAUCUACGUGGCUUGGCUAGAGAAGAACACAGUACCUUUGCACACACAAGUGCUAUUAGCUGACUUAUAUGUAGUCAUUCCCUCCACCUUAAACCCCAUCAUUUAUAGCCUGAGGACAAAACAGGUACAAGCACGAACAUGGAGCUUGCUGACUGACAUACUACUGCCUCUUCGACCUGGCUUCAUGAACAGAAACUCUGUCCAGAUCUCAAACAUUCCUGCUGACUUCAGAGACCUGUAGAGCUGGUUUGGUUCACCUAGCACAUUAAGGACUUCUAAGAUUAAUCUAUAAAGGGUAUCCUUGCAUAACUUUCCAAUUUCCAGCAAGAAUAAAUGUGAAUAAAAUGAUUGAUUUCCUAACAAUAGUUUUAAUGGUUUCAAUCAACUAAAAAUCUACAUCAGAGAUAAGUAUGGGCAGAGAAUAUAGAUUUGGGGUUUUUCUUUCCUCCAGAAAGGAGUUAGCUUCAGACCCAUACUUUCAACUUAGUAUUCUACCAGGCCCCCUGCAGAAUAAACCAACUCUUUGGUCCCCCCAACACCUGGCUGAUUUUCUCAGAAUUGUUCAUCUUCUCAUGUGAUUACAUGGAAUCAACUAUUAAUAUAUGACCCUUCGUUUUGGCCCAUUGAUGAAGUUACUCAAGUUGGGUUCUGUGCUCAUACCUGGACCAAAGCCCCUCUCCAGUCAAAAUAGAUUCCAGUUUAUCUGAGAAUAUAUAAACUUAGGAUAACAGAUGGCAGCCAUUUUCCAAAAUAAGAACUUGUAAAGAAAAACCCGUUCCACAGCAAGAGGAGCAGAAUAGCAAAAAGGGAUGAAGAAAUGGAGUCUUUAGUUCUAUGGGCUCAAAUCAUUUGGAUAUCCAGGCAGAUCCCUGUUAUUAAGCUCUAUAAAAUACCUCUAUAUCCUCU